CUGCGAGGAAGAGCCGGGAAUGGGGCUCAGAAACACCAUGACCGGAGUCGGAAAUAAUCCCCCCCACACCCUACCCCCGAAAUACUCAGUGACUGUGUGGCUGUGCGCUAAUACGUCCCGUCCGAGUCUGGGUCUGUUUGACAAACAUGAAGAAUUUAGCCGGGCUGUUUUCCUUGAUAUUCUGGUGCACCGCUCAAUUACACGCGCUUCCCAGUCGUAAUCAGGAGCUGAAGUUAAUUCAGGACCUGCUGAAGGGGUACAGCAAGAACACACGGCCGGCGCAGGGGCCAGAUGAUGUGGUGGGGGUGCAGCUUAAACUGAUACUGACCAACCUGAUCUCACUGAAUGAAAAAGAGGAGACUCUGACGACCAACGUGUGGCUCGAGAUUCAAUGGAGUGACUCUCGCCUGUCAUGGAACGAGUCGGAGCACGAAGGUAUUUCCGUGAUCAGAAUCCCCCAUAAUUUGGUGUGGCUUCCGGACAUCGUGCUGGAGAACAAUGUGGAUGGCAAGUUCGAUGUGGCGUACUAUGCCAAGGUGCUGGUCUCCCCUGAUGGCAGCAUGUACUGGCUCCCCCCCGCCAUCUACCGCAGCGCCUGCUCUGUCGAGGUCACCUACUUCCCCUUCGACUGGCAGAACUGCACCCUGCUGUUCAGGUCUCAGACCUACAGCGGCAGUGAGAUUGACAUUCAGCUGGCUGUGGACGGAGACACGGGGAAGACAAUCGAGUGGGUGGACAUUGACCCUGAGGCCUUCACAGAGAACGGCGAGUGGGCGAUCAAGCACCGCCCUGCGAAGGUCGUGAUUAACCCUCGCUACACCCCCAAUGAUCUUGAGUACCAGGAGGUUCACUUCAACCUCAUCAUCCAGAGGAAACCCCUGUUCUACAUCAUUAACAUCAUCGUGCCCUGUGUACUCAUCUCCUCACUCGCUGUGCUGGCGUACUUCCUGCCAGCCCAGGCCGGGGGUCAGAAGCUGACCGUGUCAAUCUCGGUUCUGCUCGCUCAGACUGUGUUCCUCUUCCUGAUCGGGCAGAAGGUUCCGGAAACAUCCCUGUCUGUCCCGCUGAUCGGAAAGUAUCUGAUCUUCGUCAUGUUUGUGACGACUCUCAUCGUGACGAACUGCGUGAUCGUGCUGAACAUCUCGCUGCGCAGCCCGAGCACGCACAACAUGUCCCGCACCAUCCGACACGUGUUUCUGGAGAUCCUGCCUCCCUACCUGAGGAUGACCAUCCCCUCCUCCUCCGAGGACCAAUCAGAGCCCCCGCAGCCUGUGAGGAGGCGGAGCUCCUUCGGCAUCAUGAUGAAGGCAGAGGAAUACAUCCUGAAGCAGCCGCGCAGCGAGCUCGUGUUCGAGAGGCAGAGGAGCCAGCACGGGCUCACCCGGAACCACUGCGUGGACGGUAUCGACGUGGGCGCGACUGCUCACCUGUACAGGAGCCUGGCUCACCUGGCCCCCGAGAUUAAGGAGUGUGUCGAUGCCUGCAACUACAUCGCAGAGAGCACCAACACACAAAACAACAUCGGAGAGGCGAGGGAGAGCUGGGUGUUGAUUGGGAAGGUGAUUGAUAAGGUCUGCUUCUGGGCUGCCAUCCUGCUGUUCUCCUUCGGGACCAUCGGGAUAUUCCUCAUGGGACACUUCAACCAGGUUCCGGAAUACCCUUUCCCAGGGGAGACGAAGAAAUACCUGCCCGAGUAACCAGCCAGCCAGCAUCCCCUUCCCCCUUCUAAAAAUAAUAAAUCAAAUUCCAAAAUCA